UCGAGUUUCCCAUUGCGGAGACCUUCGCGUUUCGAACCAAAAUGCGUUUGGCAUUUGUUAUUGGUAUAGUCACGUUGUACGUGACACUAGAUUCUCAUGCAGUGCCAGCACCGAGCCACGGUACAAGACCUACUGUAUCGGUGAAUGAACGGAAACAAAGUCAGCAGUUUGUCGUUGAUUUGGCGAGAAAUUUCUCAUCUCUCUACUUUGAGAAAUUAACCCGAUAUGUCCCGGCAGGUCGAAUCCUGUCACCGUUGAGUGUUUUCAUCCCAAUCUCCAUGUUAACAUAUGGAUCUCGAAGAAGUACGAGAAAAAGUUUCCUGAAGGCAAUUGGACUCUCUCAGAAUCAAAUUCAGAUGGCAAAAACUGGUUACAUGAAAUACUUGGACCAGUUGGCUAAUUACGAUAUUAGCAUAAAAACGAAACUAUUCGUUCCUGAGGGUGUUGAGCUGGAAUCAUAUUUCAAAAGUUUGGCCAAAAAAACAUUUCAUUCGGAAAUUGAGGCGGUCAGUGUUACCGAUGGAUUCAUGGAUGGCACCAAAAUAAAUGAAUGGGUCGCUGUUCAAACUCAUAAUAAUGUCACAGAACUAUUCAAGCCAGAACAUAUUGGUCCUAAUCCAAGUUUCGUCCUCGUAAACACUGUUUAUUUUAAGGGAACUUGGAAGCAGGCAUUCGACAAAUCUCGUACGAAGUUACGGCCUUUCCAUCCAUUCGGUGGGGAAUCGUUGAAUGUAAAGACUAUGUAUACAGUUGGUCAUUUUCGAUAUGGCCAAUUAAAUGAUUUUGAUAUACAUUUCAUCGAACUUCCUUACAAGAGCAACAGUAUUAAAAAUGCGAUGAGUAUGUUUAUUCUACUCUCCAAGCAAAUGACAUAUAACCCAUGGAUAGAAAAGUUACCAGCACUUCGGAAUAUGAAACUUGAAAAGCUUUUGGAUAGUGAGGAACGAAAAGUUGAAGUAUUUCUUCCCAAAUUCAAGAUCGAAACUACUUUGUCACUAAACAAAUGGCUUAAUAAUGUUUUCGCAUCAGCCCCCCCGUUUAAAGAGGCAGCCGAUUUUACCGGAAUGUUCAAGUCGUCUCAACGGUUCAACUUCAGUGAAUCUGUGUCAAAGGUUGCAAUCGAAGUCGACGAGGAGGGCCAUGAAACAGCUGAGUCAAGUGGAAUAUCAUACAAUUCGACUAGAACUGCAGAAUCGAGUAGAAAAACUCGGUCUACUGAUGAGCAAGUGAUGCAGUUCAAGGUCGACCGACCUUUCAUUGCGAUGAUUGUGGCGAAGGGAAGAGUUCUCACGGAUAUAUUCUCCAUCAGUUUUAAUGGGGUUGAAUUCAUACCGGAUGAUGUGACUUUUUGGUGAUAAAAGUAUGCCCAAUUCUUCGUCGACACCAUUCCGAACCAGGGAAACUUGCAAAGAAACCAGAAUGAUGUUCCACAAUCAAAAUAAUAAUCAUUCAGUUAGCGUGAAAAGACAGUCGCCCCAAUCGAGUAUCAAAUGCGCAUGAUCCGAAACAGAGGAAGCAAAGUUAUUUCAUUUUUAUUUAAUAGUCGACUUCUCUGUUGGAAAACAUCCUUUCAAAUUUCCCUCUCUCCUAUAUAUUGACCACGUGCGUGCUCUGCUGGCUUCUUGUACACCUUUCU